CAUCCCGAUCGCUUGCAAACACAAUGGAAUGCCGAGAGAGCGAGUACCUGGAUGAUCGUGGGAAAUGCAACCCUUGCAAGGAAUGUGGCCCUGGACUGGAGCUUUCCAAGGAGUGUGGCUACGGUGAAGGGGGCAAUGUGCAGUGCACGCCAUGCCAUCCCAGGAGGUUCAAAGACACGUGGGGUCACCAUGGCUGCAAGCCCUGCCUCUCUUGCAGGCUGAUCAACCGCCUGCAAAAGUCCUACUGCAGCGCCACCUCUGAUGCAGCCUGUGGAGAGUGUCUCCCUGGUUUCUACAGCAAAACCCAGAUUGGAGGAUUCCAGGAUCUGGAAUGUGUUCCAUGCACAAAGCAGACUCCAUCCUCUGAGCUACAGUGCCGUUCUAGAGUGAGCCUGGUGAAGGUGGAAAGUCCCACAGCACCUGGUCAGGACCUGGCUCUUAUGGUGCUAACUGGCAGCGCUCUGGUCAUCGUCGUGUUGGUGUUACUGACUGUCUCCUUCCUCUACUGCCAACGGUUCUGGAAGAGCCAGUGCCAGCAGGUGUUCCUGAGGAGUCAGAAUUUCUCUGGCCAGAGGGUUGCAUUUCAGGCUUCUGCUGUCCCAGCCAGCUUCCCUUGCCGUGAACCUCUGUCCAGCAAAUGCUUAAGCACCAAGAGCUUCAGCCCGCUGGAAGGUCCUGUUGAAGCGGUCCAGUUUGUCUCAGAAACCGAAGUUCCUGGGUGUCGUCUCCCCGGCCCACAGCCCAAUCUGGGCUUGUCCAAGAUGGCCACCAUCAGCCCCAAGGCCCCUCUGGCCAGGAGCCGUUUGGAGACGCAGCCCUUGAUCAGGAACUCGGGGUGCAGCGACUGCUCGGUGGGAGGCUCUCCCUUCCCAGAGCUCUGGCAGGACUCUGACGGAGACCCCGACGGCCCAGCUCCCCUCCCCUCCUGCGCCACAGAGCUGCAGCAGCGUUGGCCUCACGCCCCUGUGGAAUGCACUGAGCUGGACCUGCAGAAAUUCUCCACCCAGGUGGAGUACAUGGCUACCAACGGCAAAGAGGGUGCAGGGAACAGGGCUGAGCAGGCGGCGUUCAGAGGCAGCCCACAGCUGACACAAGCCAGGCUCACCUUGGAAUCUGGCCAAGCUGCAUUUUCGUCCUUCCGAAUCCCUACUGUUGAAAGCGGGGAGCCGUUGGGCAAUGGUGUCCAGAGCCUCGUGUCUGAGAUUGGUGAUAUCACGCAAGAUCUCCCAAUAGCCGGUCUUCCGGAUUCUUUGGUGCUGUCUCUUGCCAUCCAGUUGGACCCCCCCUUGCCUGGGCUCAAGAAUUUCAGCCACUUGGGGAUCGAACUGGGAGUCUUGUCCCACCAGCUGAGCCAGAUGUCCGGGUUCAAGGAGCUUGUUGCAUACCUUGCUGCUUCUGGAAACCCCCUCCCUGUUCCCAUCUUGGCCCGAGCUCUGCAGAAGCUCCAGCGCACGGAUGCCCUGCUUCUGCUUUAUGACCACUUUGCUGGUACUAGCCAGACCCAGCACUUCCAAUCCUAGGCCGUGGCCUGCCUCGUCCAUCCGAAACUCUGGGUCAGCUGAGAUGCCAGAGUACCAAGCUAUCCUGCAGUCAGAGGUGUCAAGAUAGUUAAGCUGCGUGCUGGAACAAGGUUUGGUUUACAUCACAAUAACCUUUGCAUCUUGGAAUAAAAUUCUAGGCUAAGCAAGAACAGUUUGUCAUGGUGGAAGAGGAACCCCAGGAAUAUUUCAAACAUCAUGCCUCCGCUUGAGAUCUGCAUCCUACAGUUCACUUCCUGGUUCGUCUUGAUUUUACCUUGGAAAAGGUGGGAUGGCCAUGCAGGCACUACCUCGCCAUUGUCUCAAAAUCUGUUGACUUGUGGCCUAGUGACCAUGAUAGAGUCAGGGCUCAGUUUCCAAGCUGUUGGGCACCAGUGGAAUUAGCUCUGUUGGUUUCUCCGAUCGUUUCUUUUUUGGGCAACCCAACCACCUGGCUGCUUCAGGUGAAUCCGCCUUCAUGGGAUGUCCUUGUGUACCUGAACAGAUUUCUGUUCAGCCAUGCAAAACCCUGGGGGACAAAUGGAUUUCCAU